GGUUCGGAAUUUCUUUGCACUAGGGACCAUGUGGGCGCGUUGUCGGUUUGUUUAUAUUUUGGUGUGGAAGUGAAACAGUCGGAAAUGGAAAAGAAUUUGUGUAAAGUGCAUAACAUCAGGUUCUAUAAUUUGGAGCCACGAGCCAUACACUGCAUAGCAUAUGAAUCAAGCCACCGAAAACUUGCCGUAUCGAGAGCUGACAGCUCCGUAGAAAUCUGGGAUGUAAGUAAUGCUCCCCACGUGGAACGUUUCAUUCCUGGUGCAUCGGAUAGUUCUAUAGAAGCACUUAGUUGGUGUGGAACGCGACUUUUCAGCACUGGCCUUCAGGGUGUUAUUGUUGAGUAUAAUCUCAUCAAACUUUCCCCCAAGUCAGUCACGCCGGUAACAGCAGGGUUCUCUGCCUGGUGUUUGGACGUAAAUAGGACUCAUUCUUCACUAGCAGUUGGUACAGAAGAUGGUUACAUUAACAUAUUUUCCAUAACAGACGAUGGACUGCAAUAUGAAAAAGUUCUGGACAAACAGGAAGGCCGCAUAUUGUGUCUUUCUUGGGAUGCAACUGGAGAUUUCAUAGUGAGUGGCUCAAGUGAUACAAUACGCAUCUGGAAUGUGAAUACUGGACAUGCUAUCCAUAGGAUGACAACAGGACGCUCACAAACCAAAAAAGAAACUAUUGUGUGGUGCUUAGCAGUGACUGAUGAUUUUACUGUAAUUAGCGGUGACUCGAGGGGUCAGGUGUGCUUUUGGGAUGGCAACAUGGGUGUUUUGUCAGAAAGUCAUGAGAGCCACAUGGCAGACAUUUUUUGUUUGUGUCUUUCUAGAGAUCAGACAAACAUUUAUUGUGCUGGGAUGGAUCCAAUCAUUGCCAAUUACGUUAAUGUAAAAAUCAAGGGCCAGGGCCGAAAAAGUCGCUGGGUAAAAUCAGUACAGCGUCGUAUUCAUGACCACGAUGUCAGAGCAUUAGCUCUGGAUGAGAAUGGUCACUUAUUCUCAGGAGGUUUAGAUGGUUAUUUGGCAAUUAGCAGUUAUCCUCCAAAGGUCCUGGUAAAAUAUCCUCCCCUCCUUCAGGGACGGAGUGUUGUGGUUGCACAUGAGGCAUGCUGUAUUUUGUUAAGACAUCACAACUUUGUAGAAGUGUGGCGCCUAGGUGAAGAAAGGGAUGGUAUCAUGUCACAACCGGCCACACGACUGCUGACCCUUAACAGUCGAGGUGCAGAAGCAGUCACAGCAGCAACCAUCAGCAGUGACAGCCAGUGGUUAGCUUAUUCUACUCAUAGUUGCUUGCGGCUCUUCAGUUUUCAUGUGAAAGAUGAAGACGUAAGCUUACAAAAAGUGAAACAUUUGCCAGAUGAGUGUGAACCAGCUCAUCAUCUCCUAUUUAGUCAUGAUAGUACAAGACUUAUAAUAGCAACUUUUCAGGGAGCAAUAGUUGUUCUCCAACUGUCUGAUCAACCAUGUUUGGUGUACUGUCUCAGACCAAUUCAUGAAAAACUUCAUACUGACACUGUGUUCCUGCUGGGCCUCUCUCCAGAUGAUCAAUAUUUAUUUGCUGCUGACCAUGAAAGUCACAUUGUGGUAUGGUUCCUUCAGAGUGGAAAGCAUUAUGUGACUCUUCCUCAUUAUCGCUGUCCAGCAACUGCAGCAGCCAUUAGUAAGACCAAUAAUUUUGUUGUGGUGUAUUCAGAUCACAAGAUUACUGAGUAUGAUCUAAGACGGAAAGCUUUCACAAAGUUUUCCCGAGAUCUUGACGGUCGACAUCCCAAGCAGUGGCUGUCGCGGAACUUCCCAGUAACAAAUGUCAUAUUUGACAAUAGAAACCCAGAUAUGAUAAUGUUGCAGGAUGACAGCACCUUCUGUAUUGUAGACAAAAAGAAGGAACUGCCUGCAAAUGAAGCAAAAAUACCAAGAAUAGAUUCACCUGCUUCAGACAGUCAAGAGAGUAAUAUUUCACGCCAGUCACCUGCUGCAUCAAUAGUGCACGCAUUUCACAUUGUUAAAAAAUACAAACAUCUUGUUCAUUUAGAGUGGCUGGCAGAUGGCGUACUAGCUGUUGUUGAAGUAAGCCCAUCCACCCUAAUUUCACAGUUGCCUCCAACACUUGCAAAGAAAAGAUUUGGGGUGUAAAAAGGUCUGGUGGCUCAAUUGUAUGAACUGGGCUAAUGUAGAAUGGACCAACUUUCUCAAGGGAGCAAGACUGCAGGGAAGAUCGCCAUCCAAUGAAACCUGGAAUGGCAAUGAAAAAGUAUAAUGUACAAAUGCUAAUAUAAUCUCUGUAUUACAUGUAAAUCUACUUUUAUUUUCAAAAACUGAUAAAAAUUAUUGUACAUACUAAUUGAGUUGAUAAAAAGAAACUUUUUCUACUUCAA